UCGGAGGCGUCGAACUGCAGCGUUGAAAUCCUCUGGGACGUUGGAGGGUUCCGUUCACCCAAACCUACUUUCAAAUGGGCCCCGUCGCCUAGCGUUUCACCCCCCCUCCCCGGCCUCGCUGACUGAGUCGAACUGAGUGCUCGCGACCAUCCAGCACGUCUGGCUCACUGUUGAAGGUUUCCAUCAAGCACACUAGGAGCGGUGACCGCAGACAGUCCAAUGGCAGCGAUCCCAGCAGGCGGGUCUCUGGUGGCCACCACUGACUACUACCGAAGGCGCAUCGGCUCCACAUCCAGCAGCAGCUCUUGUGGCAGUUCGGAGUACAGUGGCGAGGUCAUCCCUCACCAUCCAGGCCUCCCCAAACAAGACUCUGGUCACUGGUGGUCGAGUUUCUUCUUUGGGAAGCACCCAGGGAUGACCCCCCUGACUGAGGAGGCCCAGCAGAAGGCGGGGGUUCAAGGUGCAGUGACAAACGGUCAGAUCACCUGCGUCGCCAGGGAGAUGGUGAUGCAGCGCCAAGUGAGUGAGAGCAGUGAAGCGGGAAGCCCCACCUCCCCCUGAUGCUGUCACCGCACCCCUCCAGACCAACAGACCAACGCUAGGUGACGGGAGGACGUCCCAUUUUUCUCUUUUUUUUUUUUUUUUUUUGUACCAUUUUUUUGUCAUCACAUUGUAGUGUAGGCUGCCAUGUCUGUUUUUUAUCGGAGACCAAAAAAGUGAGGAAAAAAGAAACAAAAAAAGAAUUGUAACUGAUAAGCUCCUGUCAUCAUGUGCCUGUAAAUGCACUGAAUAGACACAUUUAUUGUUUUUUUUAACAUUUGUACUGUUCCAUGUUUGUACUACUGUGGCGUGUUGGACGCACUUGUGUUGUCACACAUUCAGCGCCAGUAUUUUUCACCUUUGUCACCAUGUAAUUGAAGAAGAAAAUGCAAUAAAGUAGACUCUUUGCAGCCUGAA